UUUUGCGCAGACUCCGUGCUUCACACACAGCAACAAAACAGUCGGAUAAUGUGAGCCUGAACGCAGCGUUUGCUUCCAUAGAUGUUGUAUCCACCGUCUGCGGCGCAGCGGCGCUGCACCACUUUCCCAGGCUGAGGACCGACCACAGCAACUUGAUACCGGAGACGAGUGGUCCAGACAAGCCUGCAAACGAGGCGUUCCCAGCCGCCCUGAUCACACCAAAAGAUACUCAUCUCCUCCCUCCGCCGUCUAUCAGGAACGGAAGAAUGAUCUCCAUCCACCGCACACGAGAAUAGCUCGCUCUUAGGCGCCGAUGACGCGUGAAUUAUCUUUUUUUAAUUUUUAAUUUUUUAUUUUUUUUAAACUAAAUAACAACAACCGUGAAAAGAUACGGGACGCGCAGAACUAAAUGGCUAGCCACUGGGCUAGCGUCGGUUAGCUUCGAUAGCUGUCAGCUUACAACCUACUCGAGCGAACUAGCUAAGGUUUAUUUGUCAAAUUCAUGGCCGUAGCAUUGAAAAUGUGGUCUAUAUUAUAGAGUAUGUAACAGACAUACGUUUUUAUUUAAACAAAUUAGUUGUGUGUCGGUUAUUUUAGUGAUAUUUAUCCUCUUUGCAUAAGUUUUAUAGUGCCAGACAGUAGCCUUGGGCAGCUAGCAUGUUAGCUAGCACAUACGGACCGUCGCUGGCUUGUUUCAGAUGGCAGACCCACCAAACAAGUUAGCUCCUCUGGUUAUUUGUCCGGUCUGUGCUGGAUUCCAAAGCAGGACUAAGUGAACUUUCAUUGGCAGUCAUUAUUAGUAAUCAAAUUACAUCGACUGCACCACCAGCACCUCUUUAUUUGAUUUUAUUUAUUUUUGCAUCAUCUCUAAUGUGUUCCAUGUCUGAGAGAGCAGUUCAAGUUAUUGAGCUGACGUGAGGGAAAGUGGGGGAAUAGAGUAGUAGCUGCAGAAGAAGAGGACCAAAAGAAGCGAAGAAAGAGGAGCCCCAACCACCAGACCAAAGUCUACGUCCACUGUCAUGGCAGUGGUCCGAAUCAAGAUGAAAUCUCUGGCUAAAUUUGGGGUUUGCCUGGCGAUUCUCCUGACUUCUGUUGCUGCGGCGCAGGGCAAGGCGAGGGAGUGUGCCUUCACCGACCAGCAGCAGCAGUGGGAGAUGGAGCGAGUGGCGGGGGGCGAAGGCCGGGUCUCCCCAGAGAACACCACCAUCAGAUGUGCCAAGGGCAACCACUGCUAUGGCCUCUGGGAGAAGAGUCUCCCAGGAGAAGUUCGGCUGGUGAAACAAGGUUGCUGGAGUUACGUGGUGGACAACAACGACUGUCACGAGGACCGUUGCGUGGUGACCAACCUGCCGCCACAGAUCCAGAACGGAACAUACCACUUCUGUUGCUGUGGCAGCGACAUGUGCAACGUGAACUUCACCGAGGACUUCCCACCGCCGAGCCCCACCACUGCACAGCCCAUCUACCCUGGCACGCUGCAUCACAAAGAGACCAUAAUUAUUGCCCUGGCAACCAUCUCCAUGCUGGCUGUGAUCGCUGUUGCAGCCUUCUUCGGUUACCGCUUGCUGCACGGAGAUGGUAAGCAAGGCCUGCACAACCUGAACAUGAUGGAGGCCGCUGGCUCCGAGAGCUCCUUGGACCUGGACAAUCUCAAACUACUGGAGCUGAUUGGACGUGGCCGAUACGGCGCCGUGUACUGUGGUUCCCUGGACGAGCGGCCCGUCGCCGUCAAGGUGUUCACCGCAGCCAAUCGCCAGAACUUCCUCAACGAAUGUUCAAUCUACCGGCUGCCUCUGCUGGAGCACGACAACAUCGCUCGCUUUGUCGCUGCUGAUGAGCGGACGGGAACCGAAGGACGAACUGAGUACCUGCUGGUCAUGGAUUACUACCCACAUGGUUCUCUGAGUCGCUACCUGAGCAUCCAGAUCAAUGAUUGGCUGAGCAGCUGCCGUCUAGCCCACUCGGUCACCCGGGGCCUGGCGUACCUGCACACGGAGAUCUUUAAAGGAGACUUGUACAAGCCAGCGGUUUCCCACCGGGACUUGAACAGCCGGAACAUUCUGGUCAAGGCGGACGGCACGUGCGUCAUCAUUGACUUUGGCCUCUCCAUGAAGCUGACGGGGACCCGGCCGGCGCGUCACGGCGAGGAGGAGAACGCCGCUAUAAGUGAGGUGGGAACAAUCCGGUACAUGGCCCCGGAGGUCCUGGAGGGGGCGGUGAACCUACGGGACUGCGAGUCGGCGCUGAAGCAGGUGGACAUGUACGCCCUGGGUCUGGUCUACUGGGAGACCUUCAUGAGAUGCACCGACCUUUUUCCUGGAGAGUCUGUGCCAGAGUACCAGAUGGCCUUUCAGGCAGAAGCCGGGAACCACCCAACAUUUGAGGACAUGCAGGUCCUCGUGUCCCGGGAGAAGCAACGGCCCAAAUUCCCCGAGGCGUGGAAGGAAAACAGUCUGGCGGUUCGCUCCUUAAAGGAGACGAUGGAGGACUGCUGGGACCAGGACGCCGAGGCUCGCCUCACGGCUCAGUGUGCUGAAGAAAGACUCGCAGAGCUGCUCCUCAUCUGGGACCGAUCCAAGUCCGUCAGUCCAACCCUCAACCCCAUGUCCACCACGCUGCACAAUGAGAGGAAUCGUAUGACUCCUAAGUCGGGCCCGUACUCGGACCACCCUUCCUCCUAUAUUGAAGAGCACGAGGGUGUUGCUAAGAACACGCAGGUGGACGUGUCCAGCUCCGUACCUGGACGGGCUGGGGUCGGUACUGGAGAGAGGAACAGGAACUCCAUCAACCAGGAGCGCCAGCAGCAAGCUAACGCCCGUCUGCCCAGCCCAGAGGGCAGCAGCACGAGUGGGGGCCUCAGAGGCAGCCCCUCAGCCUCCACCACAACCACUACAAUCAUCUCUGAGUCUGAGGGGCCCACCGGGACCACCACUGUCCCUGUCUGUCUUCACUUGACCCAGGAAGACCUGGAAACCACCAAGCUGGACCCUAAAGAGGUGGACAAGAACCUGAAGGAGAGCUCUGAUGAGAACCUGAUGGAGCACUCUCAGAAACAGUUCUGCUCGCCAGACCCGCUGAGUCCUGGCAGUUCCAGUCUACUUUACCCGCUCAUCAAGAUGGCCAGCGAGGCACCGGGAGCGUCGGAACCUGCCGCAGCGAUGCCCACCGCCAUCUUCCCCCUGCCCAAGCAGCAGAACCUGCCAAAGAGGCCGUCCAGUCUGCCGCUGCGCAACAAGCCCCCCAAGAAGGAGUCGUCCUCGCUCCGGUUCAAGUUCGGCCGCUCGGGGAAGUCCAACCUGCGGCAGGUGGAGGGGACGAAGACCAACAUCGGCGCCAAUGCUGCAGAGUCGCUCCGUGGCACCAACAAUGUCCCGGUCCUCAGAGACGCUCACGUCAACGGGGGUGUUAACGGCCUCGCUAACGGCCACGCCGCCACAGGGAUCUCCUCCAUGGUGACAGGUGGAGCUGCCGGGUUCGGACCCGGAAUAACUCAGAACGGGUCCGGAGCCCUGAGGUCGGAUGACGGCAGACUGAGCCUCGGCGUAAUCACCGCCAGCCCCGACGAACACGAGCCUCUUCUGAGCCGAGAGCGCGAGCAGCCGGACCUGAGAGACGCGCCGUCCAGCGUGGCUGUGCUGCGUUCGGCCCGACCCAACACCAACAACAACAACAGCAACACGGGUCACGGCCAGGGAGACGGCGAGAGCGGAGGAGAGAGCGAUGGAGGGGAGGAGGAAGGGAGCGCGGAAGGAGGGAGCAGGGACACCUCGGGUGCUCUGGGAGAAAACUCCGCGCCAUCAUCGGCUCCAGCAGAACCGUCGGGGGAGGCGGCAGUCACCAUGAGGGGGGAGGCCCUGCUGAGGCAGCCCAGAGCUCGCCGGCCCGAGAGACCCAACUCCCUGGACCUGUCCUUCACCACCCAGGACCUGACCGCACUAGGGGAGGGUUUGGUGCAGCCUGAUGGCGCCUUGGGGACGGGAGACAAAAUCAAAAAGCGAGUAAAGACACCUUAUUCUCUAAAGAAGUGGCGACCGACCACCUGGGUCAUCACCACGGAUACCAGGGGGCCGGAGGUCAACAACAACGGGUCCACCCGGGGUCAAGGCCACAGCCAGAACCGGCCCAAGUCCACUUCGGCCAUCUAUCUGCAAGGCGGAGGCCUGGCCAGCGAGCCCAACGACACACACGUGUGAAUUCAGACUCUCCUCCAAGACUGGAAAAUUCCCAGAAUUCCCUGCUCUGAAUGGGCUGUGGAGAGUCGGACAUUGGUGUACAGAACUGGGUCUGUUUCCUCUAACGGCAUUGCUUUAAAUCCAGCUAUGCAGCGUUCUCAUUCGCUUCUUUUCCACCUUUUUCUCCAUCUUUCAUCCUGACGAACAACGUUGUUUUAAAUGGACUCUGUUUUUUACUUCCUCUGUGCACUUUGAACCGAUCGAAAUCAGUGUUUAUGAAUUCCGUCUAUUCUGACCACAACAUAAAUUGGUCUCUAAACCUAGCAGGCGAAGAAAAGCAAUCAACCCUUGGAGCGUUGGUUUUUCUCGUACGUGAAGCGACGUUCGAACGAGCUCUGUAAACAAAGUGAUGUCUUAAAGACAGAACACACUACACUUGUUUUUUAUUGAUAUGUAUGCAAUAUCACUUAUUGUUUGACUGUAUUCAUCUUUUUUUGUAUCAUACUUUUUAAAUUGUGCAAUAGGACGUAGCUUUUAGGUUCUUUUUAAUGUUUUAUGGCUUCCAUUACUUUGGCUGUUUUAUGUUAAUCUCUGUUGCACUUAUGAAUUGUGUCACAAUCGUUUUUUUGUAAACAAUCCACCAGAAAUGAGGAGAACAUGGAUGACAAUCCUUUCUUUCCCUUCGACUCUGGGCUGUUUGGGGGGGCGUGUGAGAGACACUAACAGUCAAUCCUGACUGGAAACUCAGCACACGUACAGAGCGGCUGGACGUCUACAGCGCUUUAACACUACAAUCACCAGGUUUAAGUGUAGCUCUGCUGCGUGGGGGGGAGGGCACUGCCACAUG